AUAAAAAUGAGCAUACUUGGAUUCAUAUGAGUUCUCUUCCUCAUGAGUAUAAAUGCCGCCCAAUCAAGUCAGCCAAAAGAUGAGAUUGCGCAACGAAAAAAGAUACCCAAUAUUGUGGUGCAACAACAAGAGGUGGUGAGGUUGAACUUAGGCGAUUAUUAUAGUGGGUCCUUCCUUGAGCACAGCGUGGAUGUACAAGGCCCAAAACGGAAUAUCUCUGAUAGGGAUGUAAUCCAAAUCACACAAGGAUUUGAAGUGUGGAGUAGUUUUACCUAUAACAUGGGUCAUCAUACAAUGUCUCUCCAAGACUCUAUGAGGAUGAUUCUGAUUAAGGAGGAUAACUCUAUUACUAGGACCUUCUUGUUUGUAAUCACCGAAGAUUACCUGAUUUAUACAAUGGAUUUUACUACUAUUGAUAUUGGCUUUAAGCCUAAGACAUCAGAGUCUUAUGACCUCUGGCCACAUAUUUAUAAGAUGACAGGAUGGUUUACCAGAAAAGAUGAGACAUACUGAAAUGGUCUCAAUAAUGUCAGCAUGCAAGAUAAAAGUAGAACCUAUCUUUUAGGGUGAAAAUACAGAGAUAUGAGCUUUAUGAUCUGGAUAAGCCUUUCUUUUACUAAAAAGGGCAAGUUUUCAAUUAAUGCUACUCCUCAGAAAUCAGAUUUUGCCUUUGAUAAAAUUGGUCGAAAUUCAUUAUCCAGUGUCUUUCUCAAUGGCCUUCUGCAUAUAUUCUGAGCUACAGGAGAUAACAGAGACAAGCUACAAGUCACUGUUUAUAAAACAGGAGAUUUAGAAAAUUUUGAAAUUGAGAAGAUUCAUAAUGAGAACAUCACUUCUGAUCCAUUUGUGAAUCCGGUAACAGAUGAGAAUUUGUAUUCAUUUAAUCUGAGAGAGGUAGUGUACCUUUCAAGUAGUUAUUUCGAGAAUGUUGAGGCUAACACUGAUGAGAUUACCCACCAUUUGAUAAUCAGUUGAUACAACAAUGGAGUAAUCUUCUUCAAGAUUGAUGGCUUCUCAGGAGGGAAUGUAAAGCUAAAUCUUACCUACAACUACAAUAUUCCUAACAUUGAAAGUAUUCAGACAGAGAAAGAAUUUUUAGAAAUUGACGGAAAGUUUACGUCUUUUAGUUUCUUUACAAGUGUACCUUCUCCUCCCAAAGUAUAUGAAUUUCAGAUAGAUUCGAACCUUAAUAUCAACAUUCACAAGAUCUUUAGCAGUUAUACUGAUGAGUUGAGGUAUGUGUGCCACAACAGAAUUACGACCAACAAAGAUUAUGUUGCUCAUUUAAUUUAUGAUAACAAACUUCAGAAGCAGGUGAUCAGAGUAUAUAACAGGAAUGAGACUAAUUUUAAUCUUGGUCAUGUCAACAUUGUCCUUGACAAAUACUAUUCACAGGUUAGUAGUAUGACCUUCCUUUCAUUCAAUAAAUGAGAGAAACUUUUUGUCAGAAGUCCAGAAAGAUGGGAUAUCUACAAUAUCAUGCCCAAACAGCUCCUCUUCGACAGCUUCAACUACGCAGAAGAAUAUGAAAAUUAUAUAGGCAAUGAGUAUAACGUCGAAAUGAAGAGCUACAACAGUAUAAAUUCAUCUAACUAUUUGUCUCAGUCGUUUAAACUAUUCUGAAUCAACAACAAUUACACUGGUGCAUACUUCAUAAGAGACAGCAACUCAAUAAGCUACAAUUUUUCCUAUGGAAGUCCGUACUUUGAGGUUCCUAUCUCAGAUUUCUAUGUCGGCCCGAAUCUAAAAUUCAAAUCACAAUAUAUUUCAGCAGAAAAUGACGACAAUAUAACUUUGCCAGAUGUGAUUAAUCCUUAUGACGAAACCUUAUUUGCUUUUAAGCAUUUAGAAGAUUGUCGAAGAAACAUAUUCAAAAGGUUCAAGAACUCAGACACUGGAGAACUCAUGAUUUCCUUCUUCUGCAUUAGCAACAACACUAUUAAGCAAUAUAUUUACUUUGCAGAAAAUAUGACAGAGUAUAAUGUUCAAGAUGGCCAGAAGGGAAGCACAACUGUCAAGUUUCCCCAUUCACAAUUUAUUGACCUCAUUAUUUCGAAAGAUACUUAUAAGUACCAGCGCUAUGAAGACCUUUUGAUGGUUCUUAGUAAAGACAGGACCACGAAGAGGUUUGGAAUUCUCGAAGAAUUUCACUAUGCAAUCCAUAUCUUUGAUAUUGACCAAGAGUUACUUGUCUGGGUAGACAAGAUAGUAAUUUCAGACCAAUUUGGCGGGAAUGAACUCAGGGAUGUUAAUCCUCUAAUAAAGCUAGAUAACUCUCCGUACAUGAUCCUUGUAGGUAAAAAUGAGAAAAUCCUGUACUUUAUUACAGAUGAUACUGAGAACAGGAUAUUUACUAAGUACAAAACAAAAGAUCGUGUAUCUUCAGCUUUCCUAUACGAUAAAGAUAAGGUUUAUAUUACUUAUUACAACUUAACCAAAGUAACAAUCUUGCAUAUUUUGGAGGCUCCAUAUGAAAGCAAGAAGAUGGAAUUUGGCGAGAAUCAAGUCACUGGCAAAUUACAGAUUACAGUAUUUUAUGUUUGAGACUCUGAAACUGACUUCGCUUACAUAUCUGCUAAUAUUGGAAAUGAUGGAGUCUGUAUUUUCCUAAACAAUCCUAAUUUUAUUGAUAUCUACACAAUCAACAGAGUUUGUGAAUUUCAAUUUGAGAGGCAGUUGCCUCUAUACACAGAAGCAAAUAAUACAAAAUUCUGGGAGAAUAGUCUCACAGGGCAGCCCGUUCAUGAAAGGAAUGGGAAUCAUUUUUACAUAAUCAUUGAAAAGGAUGGAAAUCAGAGAGGAAAAUUUCUGUACAUCUACGACCUAUUCACAUUUGCUCACAAUUCUUUGGUGACAAAAGUAUUGCUAAACCCAGGCCUCCACGAGAGUGACAAUUUCCUAUUCAUCGAUAGUAUUGAGACGUAUUCCACCAUCUUUAUCUAUAUUUUCUACGGGACUGACCAAUACGAAUUUUUCGAAAUAGAGCCAAAGAAUUUAUUUGUCAAUAAACCUGAAGAGGUGAACAGAUGGUUCUUGUCUCAGAGUGAUAUUGAGAGAAACGUUUAUCCAGAGAAAAUUUUUGGAUUCCUUAUUUCACCAGAAAAUCUUCCUAAAACAUCUCAGAAUAGAUUGGACAGACUCAAACUAAGAGUUGAUUGUAGCAAUACAGGAUUGAAGAUUGAUAAUAAGCUAGGAAAGAGGACUCUCAGUUACACCCAAAAUGAAGGAGCUUUGAGACUUUCUUUGUCUGAUAUGUUCGAUGGUUUCAAUAUUUCAUACAAUGUGUAUGAUCCUAACAGCAAAAACAGCUCUGAUCUUCCCUGAGAAGUCACUAAAAGCGAGGAGAAAUUCAACUGGCUGAUCCUGGAUUCGGUAACUCAAGACAGAUGGGUAGAUAGCGCAUUUGUUUUUGAAAACUUGACCUUUGUUAUUUUUAAGGAACAUAAAUUCUUGAAAGACCAGGAAAUCACUAAAAUAGUAAAUUCACAAGAGUUCUCAGUGUACAAUAUGACCGAAGAAUUAGGUGUCUCAACUCUUUAUAAUUUCUCAACAUGGCUUGAUGGAUGUGAAGUUGAUUAUAUGACAUAUGCGGAUCUCACAACAUAUGAUGUUAUGAAUGAAACUCAAAAAGACAUGCUAAAUCUGAAUGCAAGCGUGGUAAUUGCAAAUUGUUUAGUAAAUCGAGAAACAAUAUCUCCCUCCUACCAAGUAAGAGUAUUCAUGCUCUCUCUUGUUGAGAAAGAGGGAGUCCUUACCCCCAUGGCUACAGAAGUAUCAAAUAUCUUCAUAAACAGAAGGGUGAAGCAAAUAUUCAUUGAAAAAUGCCCGGUUAUUAUCAAUAAGUUCAACAUAGUCAUCCUCACAAAGACAGAGGCUGAUUUUAACACAGUCGUCUUCAUUGUUGAUAUGAGAUGCGAGGAGAAAAAUAACUGCACAUUUGUGAAAUAUUAUAGUAUUGAUGGAGUUUCACUAAGCUUAGACCAGUUUGUUGUAAAUUCAGUAUUAAUCAUUCCAAACAGCACCUACUUCAUGCUCUCAGUCGACAAUCUAGGAAUUGUUAUCAUUGAUAUUCUUUGGAUGGAACUUGCAGAGCUGAUUGAGUUUAAAAAUAUGGAAGGCAUCAAAGAUGAAUUUGAGAUCACAAACAUCAUUCCUAUUUCAGAUAAUGGGAUCAGGGUCAUGCUCAAAGAUAUAGGAGAGUUUUCACUCUUUUGGGAAGCAAUUGUGCCAGAUGUUAUCAACAAAACAGUUUUGCAUAAUUUGCAAAAUGCAAACCACUUUAUAUCACUAAAGAACCAGAUCUCAACCAAUAUUGUAGAUUAUUCAAAACAGUUGAUCGUCCAGCUAAAUUAUUACACUAGAGAAGAUGGCUUCUAUGAUGGAACAUUUAGAGUUUACAAUCACAUGAACCGUGAUCGGUCUAAGGUAUACAAAGAGUACAAAAUAGGCAAGGUUAGAUACUGCUCCUUCCUUAAUUAUGCAGAGAAGUUUCAUCGAGUUAUUGUAAUCUGAGAGUCAAAGCUUUAUGUUUACUAUAUUCCUCCUUAUCCUUAUAUAGAAAUUGGAGGCAAAGGAACUAGUUAUAAUAUUGAUCUAAAUGUUGAAGCUUUUAACUUAUACUCUAAAAGUCUCAUGAAACUAUCAAUUAAUGGAACAGAUGAAGAAUUAAGGCCUUCUAACUGGGCUACAUUUGGUGUAUUCUGUGCACUCUUCAUAUCUCCCUUCAUACUUAUCAGAAUCGGCUUAGCUCUAAUAGCCUUAGCAAAGAGAGAAAGAAGUGAUUCCUCAGAUUCAAAUCCUCUAGCCCAACGAGCUCAAUCUUUUAAAAUGAUGCGAUUACACAGUAAUGUUGAAUUAAAAAGAUACCGUUCUGAUCACACAGAAUCCCCUUUCCAUAGAUUUAACAACCAAAGUAAAUACCAUAAACUAGUUAAUGAAGAUGAUUUCCCUCAGAACAGGACUCUCGAUCGAUCAGAUCUCGAUAAUCUGCAUAAAGAUUAAUUGGAUAAAUAUU